AUGGCGCACCAACAGGAACACAACAUCGUCACUGAACUCGUGGAGAGUUUCAUCGUGGAAGAAAACAACGCUCUACUAAGCAAGAUUCGCAGUGCGGUGAAUGAAGCGCAAGCGCUUCGCCUACGUCUAACUCGUCUCAAUACGCUAUUCAAUAUGGCUGGGGGUCUCAACACUCGUUUGCAACGUGAACUAGUUGAUUUGCGCAGUGCGUGUGAGAUGAUGGACAUCAUUGCGAGAGAGUACUCCAUCAACAAUGCUGAAGCCCGUGCUCGUUGGGCACCGUAUUGCUCGUUUGAAGAUGAAGAGUUUCAGCGUCUGAUAACUGAGGCCAAUGCUGGAUUCCCGACGGAUUUGGCAAUCUUGAUGGAGCCAACGCAAGAAGACGAAGACGAUCGUGACUCGAUCAUUGACAUCUUGGAGUUGACUGAAGAAGAAAUGCGCGACUUCAUGGAUGUUUAA